GGCUUACUUCUCACAGCUGUGUCGGCCGAGUAGACGAGGAGACAGGCAGCGGGUGUCAUGCUGUCACUGUGACUGCCUCUUUCUCCUGCUCCUUCCUUUUGUCUCAACUUUCAACCUCAUCACUGCCACUCUUUCUGCUCUCUCUUCUGCAUCAACUUCUGCAGGUCUGCAGCUGAAGGCUCGUCUUCCGUAGCUCAUCACUCUCACCGUUCUGUUUGCCUUCGAGCACAUCACGACACUGCUGGCUGUAUAUAGAAUGAAAAUGGAGCGGCGUCGGUCGUUUCCGGCCGUGGCAUUACCGCUGCUGGCGGUGUGGGCGUUGGUGAUGGUGGUUCCCUGCUUCGCCGCAGAUCCUUAUGCCUACUUCGACUGGGAUGUGUCCUUCAUCACCGCCGCCCCUCUCGGCGUCAAGCAGCAGGCCACAAUCCAACUGCUGGACCAUAGAGCUCAAAUCUCAGCUAAUACUGGUUUCAAGAUUUCCUUCGAUUUCUAUUGACUUCUAUGGCUAUCUGUGCCGGUUGGUGGCAGGUAAUUGGGAUCAACGGGCAAUUCCCAGGUCCAGUCGUCAAUGUCACCACGAAUUGGAACGUCGUCGUGAACGUUCUCAACGAUUUAGACGAGCCUCUGCUGAUCACAUGGAAUGGCAUCCAACAGCGCAAGAACUCAUGGCAAGAUGGGGUGUUGGGCACAAACUGCCCCAUCCCAUCAGGUUGGAACUGGACUUACCAGUUCCAGGUGAAGGACCAGAUCGGCAGCUUCUUCUACUUCCCCUCCAUCGGCUUCCAGCGAGCCGCGGGCGGCUACGGAGGCUUCAUCAUCAAUAACCGCGACGUGAUCGCGGUGCCCUUCGACAAGCCCCAUGGUGACAUCACCCUCUUCAUUGGAGACUGGUACAACAAGGACUACAAGGAUCUCAGAAAGGCCGUCGACGACGGGAAGGAUCUCGGAAUGCCCGAUGGCGUCCUGAUGAACGGAAAGGGUCCGUAUCGAUACAACAAGACGCUCGUCCCCGAUGGCAUAGACUACGAAACCAUACAUGUUCAUCCUGGCAAAACGUAUCGAUUUCGUGUGCACAACGUUGGCAUCUCCACCAGCUUAAACUUCAGGAUUCAGAACCACAACAUGCUGCUGGUGGAGACCGAGGGAUCGUACACUGUGCAGCAGAACUACACCAACUUGGACAUCCAUGUGGGGCAGUCGUACUCGUUCUUGGUCACCAUGGAUCAGAACGCAAGCAGCGAUUACUACAUCGUCGCGAGCGCUAGGUUUGUGAACGAGUCUCGUUGGAGCAGAGUCACGGGUGUUGCCAUCCUUCACUACUCCAACUCCAAAGGCAAAGCCUCCGGCCCUCUUCCCGACCCACCCAACGAUUUCUACGACAAGACCUUCUCGAUGAAUCAAGCAAGAUCGAUCAGGUGGAAUCUGAGUGCUGGCGCGGCGCGGCCGAAUCCUCAGGGAUCGUUCAGAUACGGAUCGAUCAAUGUGUCUCAGGUGUACGUCCUGAAGAACAAGCCGCCGGUGGUGAUCAAUGGAAAACGACGAGCCACGCUCAAUGGGAUCUCGUACUCUCCUCCGGAAACACCACUGAGGCUUGCGGACGAGUACAAGCUGAAGGGGGUUUACACGCUUGAUUUCCCCAGCAGGCCUCUCAAAGGAGCGCCAAAGAUUGGGAGUUCUUUGAUCAACGGAACUUACCGGGGAUUCAUGGAGAUCAUAUUUCAGAACAAUGACACCAAAGUUCAGACGUACCACAUGGAUGGAUAUGCAUUUUUUGUGGUUGGGAUGGACUACGGGGAGUGGACAGAGGAAAGCAGAGGAACAUACAAUAAGGGAGAUGGUGUUGCCCGCUGCUCGACACAGGUCUUCCCCGGAGCAUGGACUGCAAUCUUGGUUUCGCUGGACAACGUAGGAAUCUGGAACGUGAGGGCACAGAAUCUGGAUUCAUGGUAUCUCGGCCAGGAAGUGUACGUAAGAGUCGUCAAUCCAGAAAACACCAACAAAACAGAGCUGCCAAUUCCGGACAAUGCUCUGUACUGUGGUCGUCUCCAGAAGUACCAAAAUGAGCAGACUCCUCACCACAAGCAAGCUUCAUCUGCUUCGGCUACAUAUCGAACCUCCGAGUUACUGGUGCUGAUGCUUCUCCUGGUUGGAAUUGCUUGAUGCAAACACUGUUGUGGGUGGGUAUUUAUGGAUUUGAUGUUAUUCUUUUUGGUUUUGGGUUCUGGGAGGACAAGCCAUUCAUUCUUUGUGUCCAAAUUCAUGCACCCUCUGCUGUUGCAUUUUCCAUUGCCAGCUGAACAAGACAGUCAUCUUCAUCACAGCAUCAAAGAACUGCAAUUUGAAAGCUCAAACAGGGCUAUGUGAGAUGGAUUUGUACCUUAGAACUGGGGCUUGUUGGUGCCACUUGUUCUAUGUGUCUGCCUCACCCAUUUGCUCCUCCACUGAUCAAAUGGAGAGAAAGCUGAUAUCUUAAAUGAUGGUUUUACAUUUUUUU